AUGUGUCUUAGCUUUGUCCCAGGUCGUUCCCCGCGUUGGGGCAAUGCUUUCGAUGCCUCGAUUGUCUCCCCUGAUAUAAAAGCACCAAAUAUGUCCCCGUGUACAUCAUCGACGGAGGAUUAUUCUACUUGGGAUAUAGUUAAGGCUACUCAAUAUGGUAUAUUAUCUCGUGUCCACGAAUUAAUUGAACCGCCACCGGGCUCGGCCGUCCUACCUUUCGACGUGAACCAAUUGGACCAUGAGAGUGUCUCCCUCUUGCAUUGGGCUGCCAUCAACAAUAAUUUUGCCAUUGUCAAAUACCUCGUCUCUAAAGGAGCUGUUGUGGAUCGAAUUGGGGGCAAUCAGCAAGCAACAGCCCUCCAUUGGGCCAUUCGAAAGCAUCUCCUCGAGAUGGUUGGCUUGCUUAUGCAUUUCGGAGCGGACCCAAUGGUUAGGGACAUUCAGGGCAUGACGUGUCUUCAUGUGGCAGCUCAAGAAGGCGCUACUGCUAUUGUGCUUUACCUCCUUGCCAAAGGUGUAGAUGUCGAUUGGUAUGCGACUUUAUCUGUCCGUUGCAGUCGAAGUAGCAAAGGCCUCACCCCACUGAUGACUAGCUGCCUCUUCGGUCGUUCGACGGAACCUCUACAGGUUCUCCUUGGCUGGGGGGCAGACAUGCGACUGGUAGACGAGGUACAUGGCAACACUGCGGCUCACCUUGCUGUGCGCAGCAACAACCUCUCCGCCGUGCUGCAGCUCGAUGAGGCUGGGGUGGAUUGGCGGAUGACCAAUAAUCUGGGCCUUUACCCCUAUCAGAUGUCGACUCAUUCCUGGAUGAACCAUCGAGUGAAGCAGAUGGCUAUCGCUCGAGGUCUGUUGCCUCCCUCCGAAGCGGAUUCGGAUGAGGACAUCAAGGAUGACAUCAAGGACAAUGGUGCCGCAGACACUUUGAAGGCGGCAGACGACAAAUGUCAUCGCAGUCAUCGGCGUAUUCGCCGUCGCCGUUUUCAAAUCCAUUGGCCUGCCGGUUGCUACUCCAAACGUGGACUGACCUGCACCGCAUUCGCGCUCCCUAUAAUCGGUUUCCUUCUUAUCGGUAUCCUCCUUCAACUCGACUUCGCCGCUCUACUUUCCCCUCUCGUGCCAUUAUGGACGGCGUAUGUGCUGAAGGCUGUGACUGUACCCCUCGUGUUUUGGCAGUUUCGGUCCAAUAUCAUGAAACUGCAAACUAACGAAUAUGGGUUCCUCAUGGUCUUCAGCUUGGGCCUAAUCACCACUGUCAGUCUCUCCAUUACCGGAAUCUUUCUCCUCAUUCCCACCGUGGGGACUUCCCAUACCCUCACACACUUCUCCUUCUGCGCCAGCCUCACUGCUCUCUGGUUUUGUCUCUAUCGCACCGGCACCAUCAACCCGGGCUUUAUUCCCUCGUCCUCCGCCACGGUCACCUCCUCUGCUUCCUCCAUCUCUGAAGAGGCUGUUGCCAUUGCCGUCGUGGAUGUGGUUGAUGCAGAGGUGCGUCGAAUUCUCGUAGAAGGUGCUGACGCGAUCGGCGGAUCUCGACGUCCAACGCUCUUAAAGCGCUUCUGCACCACCUGUCUGGCUCGCAAGCCUCUGCGAUCGAAACAUUGCCGAGCGUGCAACCGCUGCGUAGCUCGGUUCGAUCACCAUUGCCCUUGGGUGGGGAAUUGUGUAGGACAGAACAACCACCAAUGGUUCAUCGCUUACCUUCUGUCUACAUCGUUGGCGCUGAUGCUCUUUAUGCGAGAGGCGGUGCUGUUUUGGCAAUUGGCGCCGCCGUGUUAUGAUCCAGUGAAAACGGAUGAAUACGGUGAUUUGGCAAGUCGAUCCGCUUUGCGAACUCUGAUUGUGUUUUGUUUCCUCCUCUCAGUGAGAGGCUGGCGCUACUAUUGGCAAUGGACAUGCGUAGCUGCUUGGUGUGAUCCCUGGGUGGCCUAUUGUUUCGUCAACGCUGCCUUUUACGUCAUCUGGACGAGCCUUCUCUUCUUUGUUCACCUCCAUCAAAUGGCUUGGGGUGGAGUGACCACAAAUGAGCGUAUCAACGUUGAUCGUUACGUGGAGUUUUCCGGUGGGCUUGUUUGGCCCAAGGCUUCGUCGUCCUCUCGAUGUUGCUCUUGUCUCUGUGGUCUUCCACCUUGCCCCUAUAACCGCGGAGUUGCAGGCAAUUUGGCCGAUCUCUGCCGAAUUCGCCUGGGCAAGCAUCAGCCCAUCAACUGGUGCGAUAUAUAUGAAUUAGAUGCCUUUGUGCAGGAACCAGAGACUCAGAUGCGAGAACAGCAACGUGGCGACGAAUAUAUUGCCUGA